AAGAACGGUUUUAGUUUUACAUAAGGUGAUUACAUUACCUUUUUUGUAAUGGAGGCCCGGUGUCUUUUUGUUGAGAAGAUCAUCUACAUAGGACUGCUUUUGUUUUACAGGACGUUACUCUUGGCCACUGAUGAAACUCAAAAUGAGACAGCCGGAAAAAAAAAACAUUUAAAAAGAUGUGUUUUGUUUUUCUUUGCAGUUCAUUCAAGGAAUCGUAUGUUCAUAACGCUCCUGAUUGGUCAAGCAGUGCUGAUUAUUCUGCUCAUUUGUGCUCUGGUGCACUGGGUACGAAAAAGAAACAAACAGAACUCGUCUCAUUCCCCGCUCGACAGAUUAGACUCGCGCAAGAUUAGUGACGAUUUAGAGGUGGUGGUGGGAUCCGAGUGUACAAACUCCUUAGAUGAUACAAAGGAGUCGACCGAUGACGACAGCUGCACUGCUCCUCUGUCCCCUAAAGUACAGAUAACAGAUAUAUAAGACCUGGAUAUAGACCCGGUAUUUCAUGGACAGUGAAUAUGGAAGAGACGCGGGAUGUCAAUUCAGAAAAAGUCCGUCAAGGGAACGAGGCAAACCAAGUGUCGCUUAGAUCAAAGACUGAAUGUAGCGCCUGAAUAAUCAAAAGAAAAAGAUUAUUUUUGGCCAAAGCUUAACCAUUUCAAUGAUAAUUUUGGUCAAUUCAAGUUGUAAUCGCUCAUUAUAAUCCUUGGCUAAAUUGAAAUUGAUGCCUAUGCGAGUUGUGAUAUGGAAGGUACUUCAAAGCUUAAUUAAGAGCUAUUUUGUUGGUCUUUUCCACGCUCUCGCUCGGUUUCUGGGAGCGAGAAAAAGAGGAACGAGGCGUGCGGGAGAACGAAGGGAAUCUGGGGAAGAAAGUGCCUUUUUUCCACUCCUUCUUCGCGACAGCUUCGCGCAAGCAAUACGUUAUUCUUGAAACGUAGCAACAUUCAUUAGAAAAUGUAGAGUUUAUAAUGCGAUAUUUUAUUACCUUUUCUAAGAAAAGAAGUUGUUUUGAACGAAUACUACAAUAGUGAACAUAAGUAUAGCCACCACGACUUGGAGGCAGACAAAGUAGUGGUAAUAUCACGUGACUUUUGUGUCGUAUUCUCACUGACCAGCAACUUCAAACCCAGGCCCGUUCUUGGGCAGUAAACGACAUUGCUGACGAAAUUGCGACUAUUAACUUUCAUGUAGGAAAGCCGUUUUCAUUGUUUAGAAUUAUCUGUUGUAUUUAGCUGAUAUACAUGUCAAUAAAUUGUACAUAGGCAAAAUGUGUUGGAUUUAUUUUCGAGGAGAUUUUAAUUCCGUAAACGGGCGCCGAGAAAAUCAUCCCCUGAGGGAGAAAAAACCCAAGUCGGGUUGUCAAUGACCCACAGUAGCUUUUACGUCCCAGGGAUUUUUCCCGCCAUUUGGAAGGGUGCAAACGUGAGGGGAAAUUCAGAAAGAUCAUUUGUCGUUAAAUCAUGUCGACAUACUUCUCAGUACUAAACAGGUAAUCUACCCUAUGUCGAAAUCUAAACUUAACACUUUCACUUUAAGUCAACUCUCUUUCACCCACCCCUCCCCCACCUCCCUCUUCUCGCCACGGGCUAGUCGUACCUGUAAAGCUUUUACCAGACUGGCUCAAGUUAUGAAGACACAACGCACUGUAAAGGUUCCGUUUGUCUGAUUUUAGCCGUAGAUUGUACUGUUAAAUUUCGGUGUGGAAGCGUUUCUAUUUAUUUCGACGCACCUGAGAUUUCCGAAGUGGUCGGUUAUCAUUCCCCAGUCGCGGGAAAAAAGUGAAGGUCUGUAAGAUCAUCAUCAUGCAAAAAUAACCGUUAUGACGGAACCCGUGUAGAAUACGUUGAUCGUGAAGACCACACUUUUUCUGCUACAACUCUUGAACCUUCUGGAACCGAGUCUUACAUUCGGAAAACGAAAUCAAUGUUUUCCCGGGAUUUUACCGACAAAUAAAAUCUCUAGGAAGGAAUGUUUGUGGUUGUCAUGCCCAUAGCAUAGCGAUGGAUUUCCCAGAACUGUACGUUUCUCGGCAAAUUGGGUCAAAGGUUACGGGAGAAAUUGAAACCAAGGACAUUAUUUUUUAUUAGCAUGCAUAUACCUGUUAGCUUAUGAUGAUGCACCCCCCGGAAUUUUGGAAUUUUUGUAACAUUUGAUGAAAAUUGGCCGGUAGGUUUAAAACUUGUCACGUAUUUUGAUGUACUGUACGAGCAAAUACGCUUACUCGACCGAAACUAUAAAAUUGUUUCUUGCCUCAUGUAACAAUUUAUUGAGAGAAUGAAAACUCAGGAAUCAUAAAAGUGCGUAAUAAACUUAAAUUUCCGGUUAUCAAGCAGUUCUAUUUAAAGAAAUCGUCACUCUGUAACUGAAUCAUGUGAUUUGGGGUGUGAUCCCUUAUCCGAGCUUAUUAUUAUUUUUUUACUAAUUCUAAGUAUCCGAUUGGAUGGGGCGCUUUUUCCCACGCUUUUGUCAAGCUAUGAUGAAGGCGCGGAAGUGGAGGGAAAAACCCUUUGCAGUGAUUGAAUACAACUCAAGAGUAAAAACACAAAGGCGUUUACUAAGCGACGCUGCUUUGUCUUCCCUUACCUAUUAACCUUUUGUUCCGCGCUUAUCUUAUUACGUCUCGUGACGACCUAAUUUGCAUUCACUUUCAGGCGGCUUUCAGUGAUGGGAAGAUAUAUUUGCAUACAGUUUGUGAACGCGCACAGAUUAGUUCCUACUAAACGGGGGCGGCGAAAGAAGUCCGCGCUUGCUGUAAUCUGAAGAAAAACACGCCUGAAAGAAAGUAAGAAGACAUAGUGUCGGCCAUGAAGUCAUUAGCUUCAACGAUGGGCUACUGUAUUCUUCUUGUCCUUCAAACCGCAUUUCGAAUCAUCGAGGCUGCUGAUGUCAAAGUCGUGGAGUGCAGCAAACCAGUCCUCACAACUGUUGCAAUUGACGAGCCACGUCACAGAUUCUAUCCUUAUUACAUUCAGCUGUACCAAUGCCAGGGCUCAUGGGAGUAUGAGAGCCCCAACAUCAAACAGUGUGUUGCCACCCAUUCCGACCCAGUUAAAGUGACAGUUUAUAACACUAUGCGCAACUGGGAAAAAACAGAAGUAACUGUUCACAACCACACGAGGUGCGCCGGCAAGUGCAAAGCCAAUGACAGCCAGUGUGACUCUCGAGUACAACGAUGGAAUGACCAAAGCUGCAGAUGCAAAUGUUUAUUUCAAUGGUCUCCACCACCGAACAACAUCAUCAAACGCAAAGAAGGAUUUAGCUGGAAUACGCAUCUCUGCCGUUAUGAAUGUAAUAGACCACCAGCAGUUUGCCCAGCGAAAAAGAUAUGGAGUGAAAAGAAAUGUUCCUGUGUCUGUGACUCUUACUAUGAACGGGACUGCACGAGCGAAGGCAAACAUAUGGAUCCCGAAACGUGUCAAUGCAAAGACAUACGUGGUUUCCUAAACGGGGGAAAGCGUCCUGGGUUUUUAACAUAUGUAGAGUCCAAAAUCGUGGUUACCCUCCUUGUGUUGAUAGUAGUGGGGAGUCUUGCUUUAGGCGCCUACAAUAUUUGCCUUCGUCGGAAAUUAACCGAGCUACAAAUUGUACAGUCGGCAGGGUCUGAUGUGUCUGAUGUUGUUUCUGAUUGUUCAAGCCAUGCCACCAGUUUUGAGAGUGCAGUUUAACACACGCCUCUGCAAUAUUAGACAGUGUUUUGACUGAAUUCAAUUUUUCUUACGUCGAUUUCCCACCAAAUGGUGCGUAACAUUGAGCAACAUAAUUACAGAUCAAACGUAACCGUGAUCAAUAGCAGUAGAAAAAAAUUACAAUUAACUUAAAUAAUUAAAUGAUUUUGAAAGUAGAAGAAUUUAUCGACUUAUUAGAAAUUUCAAUGGAUUCUAGAAACUUACAUUUAGAAUUGUCAAACUUACUUUCUCCAUAUGGUCAGUAAUAUAUGCAUAUAUCGUGUCUGGAUACUUAAAACAAAGUUGCAAUCUUGCCUGUAAUAACUUUUUCGUUCCUGAGAGCAAAACACUCGAAAAGUAUUGAUUUUCAAUACAAACUGUAUGCAACUCUUUAAAUGUCAGUUUUGACAAUUUUGUGCCGGUACAUCACAACAAUAGAAAUGACGAAUUUCGUUCUUCUCCCUAUUCGUUCUCUAAGCAUUUUACAAAAAUUGUGGGGAGAAAUUAGCUUUUAACGACUUAGGAACUGAGAGAUUGUUGUAGGCAGUUGCAACAUUAAUUAGAGCCAGUCUCGCUUCUUUUCCGUGAAAAGAAAAAAAGUUGUGUUUCUUAAAGCACGUAAUAAAGUAACCCAAACUUUGGGAGAAUUUAGAAUAGACACUCACAGUGUAUUACCCUCUCUAUGUAGUGGAAUAAAUAUAAUCACUUUUAAAGUG